AUGGUGAACACUCGUAAAGGAACCUACACUGACAAGUCCACUGAGGAAAUACUUGAAGCUCCGAGUCCAAGAGCAAUUGUGCAUGGCAUACGAGUUCUUUCUGGAAAUGCUAUGAAAGAUGACGAAACUGCACCAGCUGUAUCUGAGGCUCAUCUCUUUGACAUGGACUCCGAUGACCUAGAUGAUGUUCCUCCGGCCCGAUUAGUGAAGAAGGUUACUGCACCUGAUGUUGUUCCUGAAAAAUUUGCUGAUCAUUCUCCCAUUUCGAACAUUGCUGCUCCGUCUGAUCCACAUGCUGUUCCGCCUGUUGCAUCUAGCGUACCUAAAGGAGGAACUGAAGCUCAAAGUGAAGAAACCCCUCUUGAUAAUGUCGACAGUGUUGAGCCUGUUGCCCCUGGUGAUCAUAAUGAUGAAGUUCCUGUUACUGAUACUGUCGAUCCAAGUGCUCAACAAGAAACUCCAUCAGUUUCUACAGUCCCAAUUGAUGGUAUAUCAUUUCAUCUUGAGGAAAACGUACAACGUUGGAAAUUUUUUGUGCAACGAAGGAUAGCAUACGAGGUAAAUAUUUCAGACAAACAUCAUUCAUGUGUGAGCAUUAUGAAUCUGAUUGAGAAGGCUGGAUUGUCUAAAACUAUUUCGGAUGAGGGCCCAUUUUAUCCUCAACUUAUUAGAGAAUUUAUAAUUAAUUUUCCAGCUGAUUUCAAUGACCCAAGUAGCCCAGAUUAUCAGACGGUUCAUGUUAGGGGCUUUAAAUUUACAAUUUUCCCUACUGUGAUAAAUGGGACAUUAUCCUCGUGGCCUGUGAAUGGUAUACCUGCAGUUGCUCUAAGUGUUAAGUAUGCCAUACUGCAUAAGAUUGGUAUUGCCAAUUGGUUUCCUUCAUCCCAUGCCUCUAGUGUUUCAGUUGCGUUAGGAACCUUCUUUUAUCACAUCUGCAAUGAUAACAGGGUAGACGCUGGUGCAUUUAUCUAUAAUCAGCUAUUAAGCCAUCUUGGAUCAUUUUGGGUUAAGCUUCCGAUUGCUCUACCAAGUCAUGUGCCUGACAUAGAUCAUGAUGUGCAUCCGUCUCGAGGGCCUCGAGUGUUUGAUACGAUGGAUUGGGAUGAAGCUAUUGAUGGGUUCUUUGUUGAUAAGAAGUUGGCUUCCAGAAUUCUUAAUUCCCUUACAAUUGAGUCUCGUUCACUAGCUACUGCCAUUAGUCUGAUGUCUGGACGACGUUUGGAAAUCGACUCUCUUAUUCGUCAUUUGAAGACUUUUGCUCCAUUCUCAAGUCGAGGGAAGCCUAGUACUGAUUGA